AUGGGGUACUGGGGCGGCAGCGGUGUGCCAUUUGAGGGCAUCACGAAGCUGCCGUGGGCAGAUGACGAGUAUCCCAUGUCGCCAGCGGCGUUGGAAUCCCCAUUACUGCAGCUGGCGGACAGAAAAGCUUCGGGAGUAUGCAGCGAAAAGCAUGGGGCGAUUGACGACUGCUCAGCGAAAUGA